AUGUCUGGAAUCUACGAGAAGACCAAGGACGCCGUCUGCAACGCCGCUGAGGCCGUGAAGGACAAGGUGCAAGAGCUGACCGGAACCACCCCGGCCGACCGAGCGGAGGACAACGCCCGUGACGCAUGGGAGGAGACCAAGGAUAAGGCUCACGAUAAGAAGGAGGACGCCAAGGACUGGGCAUCUGAGAAGCUGCACAAGGCCGGCCGAAAGGUUGAUGAGCAC